GCUGCCUCUUCCCGCGCCGCCGCCUCGCCACCCUCCCCGCCCCGCCUCAACCCGCAUCCCUCCGGAGCCCCGAUUCGCUUGCGCCCCUACUCCUCGGCGGGGGUGGCGGCGGCCGGGCCCCCACGGCGUCGGUCGGAGCAGUCGCGGCCCCCGGAACACGCCUCUAUGAUGAAGUUCAAGCCCAACCAGACGCGGACCUACGACCGCGAGGGCUUCAAGAAGCGGGCGGCGUGCCUGUGCUUCCGGAGCGAGCAGGAGGACGAGGUACUGCUGGUGAGUAGCAGUCGCUACCCAGACCAGUGGAUUGUCCCAGGAGGAGGGAUGGAGCCAGAGGAGGAGCCUGGUGGUGCUGCUGUGAGGGAAGUUUAUGAGGAGGCUGGAGUCAAAGGAAAAUUAGGCAGACUCCUGGGCAUAUUUGAGCAGAACCAAGACCGAAAGCACAGAACAUAUGUUUAUGUUCUUACAGUCACUGAAAUAUUAGAAGACUGGGAAGAUUCUGUUAAUAUAGGAAGGAAGAGAGAGUGGUUCAAAGUAGAAGAUGCAAUCAAAGUUCUACAGUGUCAUAAACCCGUACAUGCAGAGUAUCUGGAAAAACUAAAGCUUGGCUGUUCCCCAACCAAUGGAAACUCUACAGUCCCUUCCCUUCCAGAUAAUAAUGCCUUGCUUGUGACUGCUGCACAGACUUCUGGGGUGCCACCCGGUAUAAGAUAGAAAGAAUUUGGAGGCCUUCUCUACCACAUGUGAUCUCAUGGGGAGAGGCUUCUUCACUUUCUUUGGAAAACAUCUGAAUGACGCAAACUGAAUUUGCCGUGCAGGGAUUUCAGACAGUUUUGCAUGUAUUUCAGAUGCUUUCAAGUCUUUUAAAACAGAAUAGUGUAAAAAUAUUUUAAGAAGCCAAAGCCAUGUGGGACUUUUUUUUUUUUUUUUAAGAUGCCUUAACUGUGCCCCACCCGUUAUUUUGGUUGCUGUUUUUCACAGAAUUUUUUCAGUUUUGUCAUUAACACCAGUCUGGUUUGUCAGAUCAAUUUGCUUAUAGGUAUAUUUUCCCCCUAAAUUGUUGCCUUCGCUACACUGACAUAAACAAACAUCCAUCCCCAAACUUCAUAAGAUCACAUUCUUAAUUUCUAAAUUUAAGGCUUGAUAUUUCUGUAUAGUCCAAUAACUGAAAAAGGAUUUUUGAUUGGCUGUUUUCAGGAAUUUACCAGCACCUUUGGCUGGAUGUUCACAACUAGUAUUAUAUCAUACCAACCUAAUAGUAUAGCUAUUUCCCCUGAACUACAAUAGUAGUGUAACAUGAAAUGGAACUCUUAACGUUUUAGGGAAAUAUUUUUAAGCAAAAUGCAUGUAGUAAGUAUACCCUAUCAUGAAAACUUACUCAUGGAAUCCAUUUAGCAUGGUCAGUUAAUUGCCAGUUCCAUUUAGCAUGGUCAGUUAAUUGCCAGUUCUUUAUAAUUCCUCGUUUAUACAGUGCAUAUUUCCCUCAAUGUAAAUUCUUCUUAAAAUGAAUUUUCAGUUUUCUAGUUUAGUGCCACCUCUUCAGUUAAAUUUCCAUGUUUACCAAUAAUCACACAAUUGGGAGUCUAACAUUCAAUGCCAGUCAGUGAUGACCGCAUCACAGCGAGUGGCCUUCCAGUCGUUCAGUUGUUACAGGCUGAAAAUCAAGGGUCUCUCUCUUCUAGGUUGUCAUUAAGUACUCUCUGUCACAGAACUUUUAGGGGUAGUGGAAUAUACCCAAAUUAAGAAUUACUUCAUCUUACACUUGUCUUAUACUCCCUUAAAAUCAGGCGCCCCAUGUAAAUACCUACGUCCCUGAACUGAAUCUCAUGCUCUUCUCCAAUGGGAUCAAAAACAAGGGGAAGGAAAAAGCCUUUGACUAAGAUAUGGAUGAGGAAGAGUGAAAGGUCAUUUUUAUGUAGACAUUGUUAGCCUUUUGUAAAUACUGUAACUGGCAAGUAUGAAAUAGAAAAGGUAUAGCUAAAGCAUUUGCCCUGUAAGUUGUUAACCUUUAAAUAUGAUUGCUGCUAAAAAUAGUCCUUAAAGGAAAAUUGGUGCCAUUUUGAAAAGGAGAUCUUGUGCCAUAAAUGCAGCAGAACUAAACAUAAACAUUAGUUCACAAAUUAGUGCUGUCAAAUAAAUGAAUAAAGUAGAAAAACCUAACCAAUAAUGUUUCACUCUGAAUUAUGUAGUGUAAUAAACUUGGAUCAUCCAGGAUUUUUGUAUUUUUCUUUGUACAGAGCUUACAUAUUCUGGGUGUUUGUGGUUUUUUUUUUUUUUUUAAAGGAGACCUUUUAAAUCCCACAAAUUGAUGCUUUCUAUCAAUUACCAAUGGAUUUAAGAUUUUUCUCUAAUCUCAAGUUUCUUUAAAUUACAUACCUAACAACAGAGAAACUGGAUUGCUUUUGUAAAUAAGAUUGCUUCAACCCGAAAUGCUGUCACACAUACUUAGGGAGGGAUUUAUCUUGUACAUGAUAUUCUUAGAGGUAAUAAUGCAUGGACUUAUUUUAUAAACUCUCGGACUGUGUAUUGUCAUGUAAAAUAUGUACAGUAUUAGUGAACCAUCUCUAAAAGUUAGUCUAUAAAUAUUGUAUAGUUUUCUUUGGUCAGAAAUUUGGACAAACAGUGCCACUUGAGUCAGGAUUUUCUCUAGUACUAUUUAGAAAACCACAUCUUUAGUCUAUGCAGCUCACAAAGAUUCCACAAGAGCUCCAAGGAAAAUUCUAUUAAAAGCUGACAUUCUCAGGCUAGGUAGAUGAAUCUGUUCAAGAUAGCAAUGUCUAUCUCAGUCCUCCAGAGUUAGCAGAUGAGACCAACAGUUGUGCUUAUUUGUGGGUUGGUUGGAUGAAACUGGGCAGCUGAAUUUCUCAGUUCCAUAUCCCUCAUAAAAUAAACAGGAAGGUAAAUUGACUUCUGCCCCUUAUGUUCUUGUUGUAAAGAGAUGGGAUUUCUCAAGCAAGCACAUGCCAGCCAAUUUCCUGUUGUACUAUUCACUGUAUAUGGCAGCAAAACAAGGGGAGAAAUGUUGUACACACAUUCUGAAUUAUUUUGCAUGGUCUCAUUUUGAGAUGGUCUCAUUCUAACUGGUGUAAGAAUCUUGACUUUUCUUUUUUACAUUUGAAACAUCAAAUAAAAAUUGGAACAUGA